AAGAUGUUGGGUUUUGUUGCCGUUUUGCUUCUAACAUGUCUUGCCAGAGGAUGGUGUGAGAAAUGUAAUGACCUGGAUGGCUUUUGGUACAACCAGUUGGGUUCUGAAAUCUUUCUCAGACAUUCAAGCGAUGGAAAAUUGAUCGGUGAAUAUCGAAGUGCCGUGGAAAGUUUUGAACAUCCUGAUGGAAAAAAACACUCGAUUAUUUCAGGUGCUGCUCCAUAUAACUCUCCAGGGGCCACUUUCUCAUUUGCUGUCACUUGGUCUAAUGGAUCAUCAACGAAAGCAUGGACCGGUCAGUGUCUUGUAUGUGAAGAUGGAAAAGAAAUGCUACUUACUUCCUGGUUAAAACGGUCACAAGCUUAUACCUGCAUUGACAAAUGGAAGUCUACGAUGAUUGGACUUGACACCUUUACAAGAACAGAGCAACUCCCCGGCCCUCGUAAACCGGAUAAAACCAUCCCUUCUUUUCCAACAGGUUUUGCUCCUACAAACACAUCAGGUAAGCCAUGUGACAUAACCGGAACUUGGUAUAACGAGCUAGGUUCUGAAGUGAUACUAAACCAAUAUGCUAAUGGCAUCAUUGUUGGAGAGUAUCGUACUGCUGUGGAACGCAAAAAAGGCUCAGCAGGAGAAAGCCAUUCUAAAGUGUAUGGCAUAAGUACACCCGGCAAUCCCAACAGCACGUUCGCCAUUAUGGUAGUGUGGCGUGGUGGAGCAUCUGUUACUGGUUGGGUUGGGCAAUGCCAUAUUUGUGGGGAGAACAAAACUGAAAUAAUCGAGACCACCUGGUUGUUAAGAAGUAAGCUCGAGAAAUGUGGUGACAACUGGAAAUCGACCAUGUAUGGCGAAAACAGCUUUACACGCGAAGAACAGAAAGAGGGGCCAAGGAAACAUCUGGGAACCCAUACACCGGAUCGAGAUGGAGAGGACGCUGACCCACGUGCUAGUGCAAAGCUAACCAAUGAGGGUCUUAUCUUAUGGAUUCUUUCUUUUUGGUAUGCAAUGUUCUUUUUUUAGAGACAUUAGGCUCAUCCUAAAUAGAGGGAAGUCAUUCUGGAUAAUGAAUCCAUGUGCUUUUUUCCUUUACAAAAUCCAAGUAGGGCUCCUUUAAUUAUUCUUAAAAACGUUUUUUUAAGUUUAAUAUUUUUUUAAAGUAAAGUUUGUAGUAAUGUAACACUAUGAAACAAUAAAGUGAUAGAUUUUUCAGGUACAGACACCUCUAUAAUAA